UGGUGACGUUGGAGGCGGAAGUAGGACAGAAAGUUUCUGAAGUUUCGGGGUGAAGCUCCGUGUGAGGAAGGAGGCGGCCUGGGUGUCAGGGACAUGGGGAACUCAUCGAGCCAGCUCUCCAAACAACUCAUUAAUGAAUAUCAGAGCUUAUAAAAGAUUCAGCGAACUUGCCCAAAAAGAACACAGAAGUAACAUUGAGUCCUUGCGAAUCCCUAAAGAAAGAUUUCUGACUUUGCCCGAACUAAAGGCAAAUCCAUUCAAUGACCGAAUAUGCACAGUUUUCUCCACAUCUGAGCAAGAAGAUGGGAGCAUGUCCUUUGAAGACUUUUUGGACAUGCUCAGUGCCUUCAGUGAAUCUGCGACACUUGAAGUUAAAUCUCAUUAUGCCUUUAGGAUAUUUGAUUUUGAUGCUGAUGGUGCCUUGAAUGAAUCUGACUUGGAGCAUCUGGUAAACAAGCUGACUGGAGACAAAGAAGACACUAAGCUGAGCAACAGUGAAAUGAGGCAGCUAAUUGCAAAUAUCUUGGAAGAGUCAGACAUAGAUAAAGAUGGCACCAUCAACCACUCUGAAUUUCAGCAUGUCAUCUCCCGAUCUCCUGAUUUUGUCAGCUCCUUCAAGAUUAUGCUGUGAGAGAUCCAUUGCCAACAAACUGUCAACCACAAAUACCUCUUGGCUGAUCUAAACCAGCAACUACAUAAAGGGCGUCUGUUCCAUUUCCAGUUGUGAUUUGAGACAUUUCAUAUUCAUUGUAAGACAGUUUGAGCGGCUGCUUUUCUUGUAGCUGGUUAGAUUUUCUGGAAUAUAAGGCAAAAUGUGUAAUUGUAACUGACAAAUAAUGAAUGAAUGAGGUUUCCUUGAACAUAUUUUCUUUUUAAAAGCUUUUUAACUUUCAAUGUUUUUCUUUUCAUUGUGUAAAAAUCUGCAUGCACUUCCUGUUCCUCCUACAGAGCAGGAUAUUUAAUAUGGGAUGUUUUGAAUGGAUUCAAUGCUUGUUAUAAUAAAAUAUUGUAAUUGUAUUGUCA